CUUAUUUUGUAGAGCUGACCUAUCUCGCCGUUUUCGGUCCUUUAGGGAUAUUUCGUUUUUUAUUUAAGUAAUUUUAGUUACAUAAAUGUGACUCACACUUCACAUCAGCAUGCGUGUUGCCUGAUGUUUUGAAUGCGCCAUCACUGGCUGCACAUAAAGGAAAUGUACUCCAUAGUUGAGCUCAAAGGUGUAAAGUUUGGAUAUCGCUGUGGCUACUGUGGAAAUGCAGGAGGUAAAGCUUCAUACGGCAUGUGGUCCCAUACUAUGACUGUGCAGGACUACCAAGAUCUCAUCGACAGAGGCUGGAGAAGAAGUGGCAAAUAUGUGUACAAACCUCUUAUGAAUAAGACAUGCUGCCCACAGUACACCAUCAGGUGCCAUGCUUUGAACUUCCAUCCGUCGAAGACUCACAAAAAGACCUUGAAGAAGGUGAAUAGGUUCCUUUCCAAAGGAGAGAUGCCAGUGGAGAAGCAUGAUGAGGGACAUGAAGGAGAGCCUAUGGACUCUGUGCAUGAAGAGGGUGUUCAGCCACCUCCUCAAGAUCCUCUGAAAAUAGACCACAGUGACGUACAGGACAUCAGCACCAGUCCAGACACAGACACCGCCAACUCAGCUGCACCAACAACACCCAGAGCCGAUGCAGAGAAAACCACUGCUGUUACACCCAAACCAGGUAAGGGAGCCGAUCCCAACAGGCCUUUGUGUCGGAAAGCUAAGGACCUCAGGAAAGAAAGACGAAUUCAGAAGGAGCAACAGAAGCAGCAAGAAGCAAAGUCUUCUUCUGUGAAUCCCUCCCCAGCAAAAUCUUCAUCUAAUCAGCCCAAGUCAUUGGAGGAAUUCAUUACAGAGUCCUUACCCAAUGACCCUCUGCACCGUUUGGAGGUGAGGCUAGUGUGCUCCAACCCUCCCAGUCCACAGUUCAAAGCUUCAUUUGACGCCUCUUACCAAGUGUACAAACUCUACCAGAUGGCCAUUCACAAGGACCCGCCUGACAAACCUACUGAGAGCCAGUUCAAGAGGUUCCUUUGUGACUCUCCUUUAGAGGCUGAGACCGCUCCUGAUGGUCCUGAUGUGGGCUACGGCUCGUUCCAUCAGCAGUAUUGGUUGGAUGGUACAAUAGUAGCUGUAGGAGUUCUGGACAUCCUGCCCUUCUGUGUGUCGUCUGUGUACCUCUACUAUCACCCCGACUUCUCCUCGCUCUCAUUGGGCACCUACUCUGCUCUCAGGGAGAUUGCCUUCACCAGGCAGUUGCAGCAGCAGUCGCCCAAACUUUCCUACUACUAUCUGGGUUUCUACGUCCAUUCGUGUCCUAAGAUGCGUUAUAAGGGUCAGUACCGGCCUUCAGACCUCCUGUGCCCUGAAACCUACACUUGGGUGCCCAUCGAGAGAUGCAUUCCUCGCCUUGAUAUCUCUGCUUACUCUCGUCUCAAUGAGAACGCCCGAGCAGGUGACGCUCAUGCACUGAAGAAACUGGGCAGGGUGUUAGUGCUCCACAGGAGGACAGUGAUGCCCUAUGCAGCCUACGCCCGUAAGAGGAAGGGUUCGAACGACGAGAAGGAAGUGGAGCAGUACGCUAGUCUGGUGGGCCAGAUGUGUGCAGAGAGAAUCCUGCUCUACAGAGCCUAGAGCCCCUUCAUAUCUUACAACCAUCCAUCUGUCUCUCUUUCUCUCUGUUUGUCCUCUGGUACACUUGUCUGAUUAUUGUCUUCCUGAUUGUUUAUUUGUCUGCCAGAAGUCUUUUCCACAUCUGUGUGUACAGUUUUGUUCUUUUUUUUGUACUGCUGUGCAUUGCUUUACUCACCCAUUCUUUCGUAAUCACUUUGAACUCUACUUUUAUAUUUUUUUGGCCAGCAGCGCUUUGUAAUGGUCACACUCGCACACAUGCAACAAGCAGCUAUGCAUGUGUUAUCUCAUAGUGUAUCUCAAGAUAUUACCCAUUUACAACUCAACAAUCACAUCUUAACUAGCCGUAUAGCAAGAAAUGAUGUGCGAUAGUGCAAACCCUCAUUCUGAAUCUGUUUGGCUGGGUAUCUCUAGACUGUCGUGAACCGUUUAGCCUUUGGUCACAUAGAUCACUGCUUUCCCAAAGUCCUGAUAUUUCUGUUCUUCUAAAGUGACUAAUACUAUCCAAAGCAGGUGCUAUGACACUUUAUACGUCAUACGAUGUUAGUGGCUUUGCUGGAGGGUUGAAUCGACCCAUUUUCCUGUGGAACAGAUUUCUCUUUUUUUGCCUUGUCUUGCGGUUGAAGUGAUAGCACGAAUGCUUUUAUUUUAAUGUUAUUGUUUUGUUUCAAACUAAAUAAAAAUAUAUAUAUAA